AUGGGUGACAAUAUUCCUUCAGGACCCAAAAAGCUAAACACUGGGCUUACGGAAUAUUCUAUCUCAAGUGAUUAUACAACUGGCCCUUAUACACACACUCUUGAGAUAGAUGCCCUUGUGGUUGGGGCAGGUUUCGCCGGUAUCUUUAUGCUCAAGACUCUUCGGGACCUUGGGCUGAAGACUUAUAUUUUUGAAGCCGGUAAUGAUAUUGGCGGCACUUGGCGCUGGAACUGCUACCCAGGUGCCGGAGUCGACUCCGAGGUGCCGGAGUACGAGUUUUCCUGGCCUGAAGUAUGGAAGUCGUGGAAUUGGUCAAGCAACUAUCCCAACUACGAGGAGCUACGAGCAUACUUUGAUCACGUUGACAAAGUAAUUGGUGUCAAGAAAGACUGCGCAUUCAAUACCGUUGUAGUUGGAGCCCAUUUCGACUUGGAUGCAGGAAAAUGGAUCAUACGUACCGAAGACGGCCGAACUACAAAGGCCAAGUAUCUCAUCCUUGGAACUGGGUUUUCGGCCAAAAGAUAUAUCCCCGACUGGCCUGGAAUUGACAAGUUCAAAGGCACCAUUCAUCAUUCAUCUUUUUGGCCGGAAGAAAAGAUAAGUGUAAAGGGCAAGAAAUGCGCAGUGAUAGGCACAGGGGCAUCCGGAGUGCAAUUAGUACAAGCCUGGGGCCCCGAAGCUGGAGAACUCAAAGUCUUCCAACGCACUCCCAAUUUGACAAUCCCAUUGCUCAAGCGAGACCUAACCAGCGAAGAGCAAGAGAGGACUAAGAGAUAUUAUCCAGAGCUGUUUAGGUAUCGUGAAACAAGCUUCGCUGGCUUCACGUACGACUGGGCUGAGAAGAACACGUUCGAUGAUACUGCCGAAGACCGAGAAGCAUUUUAUGAAGAAAUGUGGAAUCGUGGUGGAUUCCGAUUUUGGCUUGCGGUAUACAAAGACAACCUCUUCAAUGCAGAGGCAAACAAAGAAUCCUACGAUUUCUGGGCUAAGAAAAUCCGAGAUCGUAUGGAAGAUCCGAAAAAACGGGAUAUCCUGGCUCCUCUUACCAUGCCUCAUUUUUUCGGUAUUAAACGACCUUGUCUCGAGUAUAACUAUUAUGAGCAGUUUAAUAGGCCAAAUGUCGAUGUUGUAGACAUCAAAAACAACGCCAUCAAAGAAUUUGAUGAGACAGGCAUCAUUCUCGAAGAUGGAACGCAUCAUGAACUUGACGUGAUUGCGGUAGCAACAGGCUUUGACACUGUAACUGGAGCAAUGACACAACUAGGACUUGAAAGUCUGUCCAAGACUAAACUUGAGGAAGAAUGGAUCUCUGGCGCCGAGACGUACCUAGGUCUCACCGUUAGCGGAUACCCCAACAUGUUCUUUCUAUACGGUGCUCAAGCUCCAACCCUUUUCAGCAACGGCCCGACCACCAUAGAGGUGCAAGGCCGCUGGAUCGCCGAUUGCAUUCAUAAAAUGCAGCUUAAAGAUAUUAAAUACAUCAAUGCAAAGCAUGCGGCAUCUGUGGCAUGGAAGAAGAACAUCGUCGAUCUCACAAACGAGAUGUUGGUUCCGACCGUGAAGUCAACUUAUAUGGGUGGAAGCGAUCCUAAAAAGAUCUUUGAACCGGUUUGUUAUCCCAGUGGGAUUCCUAAGUAUGCAAAGGAUAUUCGCAAGGCGCUUGAUGAUAUGUCGGGUUUUGAGGUGGUAUAUAACUGA